UUCAUGCUACGUUAAGUGCCUUUCAAAUUCAAAAUUGGAUAAAAUACGGUUGUCAAUUAAAAAAUCAUUGAGCCUUGUCGAGCUGUGCUAUGGCAUUCCCUUUUGAGCCAGUCACCACAGCAGAUGAAUUAUAUAAGGACAAAGCGAUCGCUUGUGAUAAAAAGCUGCAAUGGUACCGAAAUACAACGGAAAAGGUACAGCAAUUGUUCGAGAAACAUUAUAAUGAAUACAAGCAUUUCAAAAAAUCAAAUAAUCUAAAUGAGGAUCACGUAGCAACUGAGUACAGAGAUUUUGAGAGAAAGGUUAAAGAGGCACUAGAUAGAUAUCACAAUGAUGCAAGCAAAAUUUACAACUUCUCAGACGAAACGGCCCGCCUGGCUUUCUGCGCCAAGGAGAUACAAUGGUUUAGACUAAUGGAUCAAAACUUGACGAAAAUAGCAGUGAAUAUUAAGAAAGAUGUGUUAAAUGCCCUUGAUGCUAUAGGAGUACCAAAAGACAUGAAAGAUCACCUUGACGAGACUCUCAGCAGAAUCGUCAACUUCCUGUUCAUAAUCGACAUGUCUAAAAACAUAUUCAAAGAUAUGUACACUUUAUUUGGUGAAGCUACUGUAAGUGCCAGGGAUGGAAUUGCACUUGAGCAUGUAUAUCAAAUAAAUACGGAUGAUGGAUUAGUGGAAGAGGCCAGGGAAAUGGACGAGGAAUACAAAGAAAUUUUGGACGAAACCAAGGAUCAACAAAUGAUAGACGAUCAACUUAAAAUGCUUGAAGAUGAUACAAAUAUCUACAUUGCUGAAGAGGAGGCAUUCGAACGCGAGCGCGAGAAUCUAAAUGAAUUAGAGAGACGUGCAAGUGGCAUAGAAGAAGAGCCUAAUUAUUUAGGCGAAUCGGUCCACGAUCCAUUGGACAUACCGGCAGUAAUUCGAGUUUAAGGAUUAUGACGUUAUCCUAUAAUAUGUCAUUAAAAUAUGAAUAUAGCGAUAAUUUAGUGGAAUUGAGUAUUGAAAAUAAAAAGACAAAUAAAUGUAUUUAUAAAACACAUGACUAGAAAUAUAUAUAAAAACGUGAGAUCUCUAAGAGACAACUCUAUGAUAAAAACUGAGGAUGUGAUCGAGCUUGAUGGAAAACAUGUAUUCAAAAAUAACGGUGAAUCAGAUAAAACUACAAAGAUGUGUACUCUUUGCCUACUACAAAAGGCAAAGAGUACAAUAAACUUGUAAUAACGAUGAGGACGAUAAGACGUUGGAGCAUGAAGCUAAUAUGAAUAAGCUAAAAAUAAACACUUAUGUAUGGGUUUAUGUAUUUAUGUAUGUAUAGGUAAAUAAAAUGAUAUAUUUCUGAAAGCAUCAAUGUGGUAUUUUA